CGGGAGCGCGCGACCCUUCACCCGCCGCGCGCCGCGAAGCGGGCUGGGCUUGCAGAUUUGACCUUCCAUGUUCUUGUACUUGGCAAGCGUCUGUCUCUUCCCAGAGUUUAUUCCCGCAGAGCCCAGAAUCUUGAGUUGCGUUCACGAUGAGCAGCAUGACACAGAAUGUACGGGAGAUGAUAAAGGUCUUGUUCAGAGUUCCCGGUUUUGAUAGAGUUUUGGAAAAGGUGACACUUGUCUCUGCUGCUCCUGAAAAAGUGGUUUGUGAAAUGAAAGUGGAAGAACAGCAUACUAACAAGCUCGGUACGCUCCAUGGAGGCUUGACAGCAACCUUAAUAGAUAGCAUAUCAACCGUGGCUCUGAUGUGCACAGAAAGAGGGGCACCUGGAGUCAGUGUUGACAUGAACAUAACGUACAUGUCACCUGCUAAAAUAGGAGAAGAAAUAGUGAUCACAGCACAUAUUCUGAAGCAAGGAAAAACACUUGCAUUUGCCUCAGUGGAUCUGACCAACAAGGCCACAGGAAAAUUAAUAGCACAAGGCAGACACACAAAACACCUGGGGAACUGAGGGAACAACAGGGUGACCGGAAGAAGCCCAACAACAAUUAAGAGUAUAAUUUGUAAACAACUUUCUGAAAUAUUAAAACCAGAAGUAACUAAGGAAGUAUUUUCUUCUGGGAAAAUAAAGAACCCAAAAUGUA